ACCCUUUUACAGUGGCAUCAGCUACAAAUUAUCUCUUUCUCGCUUCUUCCAAUCUCCUCUCUCACAUCAUCCACAUAUUUUCCUCUAGGGUUUCAACACGAUGCAACCGGCGGCAAGUUCAAUGGUUCCACCACCAAUGGCGGCGCAACCACAGUACCAACAGCAGUGGAUGGCUCAGCAGCCGCAGUACCAGGUUCUGCCACCGCAGGCCGGUUAUUAUUACCAACCACCACCGCAGCAGGGUGGCGGAGUACCCCCACCGCAGCAGCAACAACAACAAUCUCAGUACACGGCUUCAGCUCAGCCGACCAGUGCUGAUGAAGUCCGGACGCUUUGGAUUGGAGAUCUACAGUUUUGGAUGGAUGAGCAGUACCUAUAUAGUUGCUUCGCGCAAACUGGAGAGGUGGUUUCCGCUAAAGUUAUCCGCAACAAGCAAACUCAGCAAUCAGAGGGUUAUGGCUUUAUUGAGUUUAAUAGUCAUGCUGCUGCAGAAAGGAAUCUACAAGCAUACAAUGGCACCUUGAUGCCUAAUAUUGAGCAAAAUUUUAGGCUCAACUGGGCAUCACUUGGUUCGGGUGAAAAGCGUUCAGAUAACACCCCUGAAUAUACAAUAUUUGUUGGAGACUUGGCAGCUGAUGUCACAGAUUACAUGCUUCAGGAGACAUUCAGACCCAAUUAUCCUUCAAUCAAGGGUGCUAAGGUUGUAACAGAUAGGGCAACCGGGCACACAAAGGGUUAUGGGUUUGUUAGAUUUGGGGAUGAGAGUGAGCAGUUACGAGCUAUGACUGAGAUGAAUGGAAAGUUUUGCUCCACUAGGCCCAUGCGCAUUGGUCCUGCAGCUAACAAGAAGAAUUCUGGUGGUCAGAUGCAAGCUUCAUAUCAAAGUACUGGAACUCAAAAUGAGGAUGACCCUACUAAUACGACGAUUUUCGUUGGGAACUUGGAUGCUAGUGUAACUGAUGAUCACCUCAGGCAGGUUUUUGGGAACUAUGGGCAAUUGCUUCAUGUAAAAAUACCACUAGGCAAACGUUGUGGUUUUGUUCAAUUUACUGAUAGAAGCUGUGCUGAGGAAGCUCUAAAUGCAUUGAGUGGAACUCAGUUGGGUGGACAAACCAUCCGCCUUUCAUGGGGUCGUAGCCCUUCAAACAAGCAGCAGUCUCAGGGUGAUCCGAACCAGUGGAGUGGGGGUUAUUAUGGGUAUACACCAGGAUAUGACGCCUAUGGUUAUGCCCAACCUACUCAGGACCCAAAUAUGUACUAUGCAGGCUAUGCCGGGUAUGGGAAUUAUGCACAACCUCCACAUCAACAGCAACAAAUGCCGCAGCAGCCUCAGUAAUCUGCUGGUCAAAGGAAUUGGUGAGAGCUUCCUAACAUGGCAAAAAAACUGAUGUUGAAAUGCGAAGCGCAUAGGUUUUUCAGAUGAAUGCAGAGGUAGUGUAGUUGGUUAUCUGUAGGUUAGUUCUUGGAGAUACAUUUAUGUUCUGGUCAGCUGUCUGUUUCUGUAGUUGCCUUUUCUAUCUAUUUCCCUUUUUCUCGGCCUAUUGCGCACUGGCCAUUUUUGUUACAUGCGGCCUAGUGAUGUGAAAGACCUCAGAUAGGUCAAGGACGUAUCUUUUUAUACUUUCCAUAGUUUUGGCUGUCAGAAUGUUGAUUUUGAUCAUGGUGCUCUUCUUUCUAAUUUUCUUGUGUGGA